UGGGCACUACGUGGUCGCCAUAUUGUUAGUUGUGCAAUUCGGUCAUGUGCAAAGGACAACCAUUAGCACAAUUUUCAGCAGAGUGACCCUACUGUACUUGCAUAUACUGUGCUCUCGUCUCUCGUCAGUCGUCAGUCACUGUUUGACAAGGGUAUUUUUAACUUAAGGAAGCGUGGUCUCUAAAUUGGAACUUGCCCUUCCUUACAACCUACACUGGAGCUCACUUCGUCAUUUCUACUCGCGUCUUCGCCGUGUGGUCACUAAUAGAGCGCUUGAAAAGUCACUUUAUUUAACGCCACUUACGUACUCAUUACACGUGUGUCUCUGGCCGUAUUGACUCUCGACUGAGAGCAGGUGCCAUUUAAGAAAAAAGAAGAAGAAGAAGAAGACUGUUUGACAAAAUUUUGGCCGUAUUGACUCUCGAUCGAGAGCAGGUGCCGCUUAAGAAAGAAGACUGUUUGACAAGACGGCGACACCGGAUUUUCUAAGAAGCGAGAUCCAUGCGAGAUCAGAACACUGACUGAGACGAGAUUUGCGAAAUCGCCAAUUUCGUAAUAACAAUGAAUUUUUACAAAAGGAAGAAAUUAACAUUGGAAGAAAAAGAAAGAAAAGAUAAGGAAGAAAGACUUCGGCGAAUAAGACAGAAAUGGUACAUAGAACAAGAGCGGGAAAAACAGCAUGAAGCAAGAAAGUCAAAAAUGAUUGAAGAAUAUGAAAGAAAUCGGACUCGGGCAUUGAAAAUUGAUCAGAAGCAAAGUAUUCUACAACGAAGCAAGAGCAAUAGUCCACAGCGAAGAAUUACUAAUUUUCAAUAUUCUAAAGAAUUGAAAAUGUCGUCAUCCGAUCAUCAAAAAAAUACAAUCAUUGAUGAAAAAGAAUUACAUAGGAUAAAGAUCAAUGUUUAUAAAAAAAGGGAUCAUCGACCAAGGAGUCAAGAUACAUCAAGGAACAAGAUUGAACGAGAUAUUGAUCUAGAUGAUAUAGUUCUUCCAAGAAGAAAAAAUGAAGGAUCAUGGCCAAUAUUUGAAAAAAGAAAAACAGCACAAGAUGAAAUUCAAAAGAUCAGAUUUGUACGAGACAAUAAAUUAGAGAAACAAUUAUCAGAUGAAGAAAGUAAUCACACCUGGGAAAGUACAUCUAUCAACGCAUAUAAAACAAACACUCAGUAUAGGUAUUUAUUACGAAAUUAUAAUUCCAGAUCGCACAGCUCAAUCGAACGUCGAUAUGAUCAGUUCAGACGAAGGGAUAACCAAUAUAGGAAUGAUAGAAACAGAAGUAGUUCGCCUUCAAAUAGAAUUAAAAAAAGCAAGCAAGACUUUGAUGAAAAUAAGUUUUCAUCCAGGAGAAAUCGAUCACGUGAAUCAGAUGACCGAGUAUCAUUGUCACGAGCCACAAGUUAUAUUCCUUCGUAUAGCUUUUAUGAUAUGCGUUUUCCUGGAUCGACAUACAGAAUACAAGUGCCACCCAUGAUCUGGCCUCUUCCCCAAAUGUUUCCCGCGCCAUUUCCACUGGGUGUGAGCAGGUGGCAACUAUAUCCUCCCAGAUUUGCCAACUACAACAUCGGUAGAGGAUUUUAUAGAGGUCCACACUAAUUAAUAUAAAUAUAAUAAUAAAUAAUAAACGUAUAAGUUCGUUAAAAAAUUAAUACAAAUAAAUUAAAAAUAGCAGUGCAGUUUUUAACAUAGCGUACUUUAUUGUAAUUAGUCAACAAAUAAUUAAUAAUAAAGAAUUAAUAAAGAAAUUCAAAUUACAUAAUUACAUGAAUGGUCAGUAAUAAAACAACAAUGUAAAAUAAAAUUAUCAAAAAUAAUAUUAAUUAUAAAUAACAUCGCGGUAUUUAAAUCAGAUUUUAAUUAUAAUACUUCUAAAAUAAAAUUGACAUUGAACAAAUAAAAAUACAUAAAUACUGUUACUCAAGGUUCCAAUACAUUAAAAUAAAAUAUAAAAUACAAAAAGUAAAGUAAAAUAAAUAAAUAAAUAAUAAAAGUAAAUUUAUAAAUAUUAUAAAUAAAAAAUUAUAAAUAAAUAAUAAAAGUAAAAAAUAAAAUUUUGCUUGUUUUUACAGCAAUAAUUGUUGACUAAUUACAAUAAAGUACAUGUCAAAAGCUACUAAUGCAUAAAUGCAAUUUUUAAUUUAUUUAUAUUAAUCAUAUUUUAAAAAACAUAGUUUUUUAAUUACAUUAAAUAAUAUUAAUGAAACAAUUACAUGUAUCUAAAUUUUAAAAUAAAAGAUAGCAAAUGUAUGAAGUAGA